CAGGCAUCAAGUCAGAUCAAAGUUUUGUUAGUUCCCCAGACGUUAUAGUUGAUCAGAAUUGGACUUUUCUGUUUGUAAAAUUGAAGAAGAUGACGAGUUUUCAAUCAACAUUGAUUUCGGGAGCGUUUGUGUUGCAUUUCCAGUACAAAUUGAGAUCUGACAAUAUUUGAUUCGGCUUCUCUAUUGAAUGUGAAAUAUGAAAAACAGUUAUAUGACUUGCUUGUCUAAUCAUGGCAAAAAAUAUUGAAAAUUCAAAACAUAAACCAACAAAGUCCAGUUGGAAAUCUCCUUUUAAAUCCGAGUCAGACGAGAAACCCAAGAAACAUCUUCGCUUCAAUUUAAAACCAGAGUGUAUAGAAUCUAAUAUCUCAUCCACUUCAGCUGUAAGAAAUGAUGAUGAUCAUGAUGAAGAAGAUGAGUCUACUACUAUUGCAACCCCAACCAAGAAGAGGAAAAAAGAAACAAAAAUGGAGUUGCCAGAGGCUGUGGACGAGUUGGAAGAGGAGAUUGAGAGGCAAAUGAGCUCUAAGGCAGAGAAAACCAACCUGUCAGUGAUGAAUGUCAGGAAUAUACUGAGGUCUGUGAUCACCAACAAGUAUGUAGUAGACAUGGUGAGACAGACUGUGGAGGAAGGAAGAGUCACUGAGAUGCCAUUCGAGCCUAAGCUGACGAGGGCCAAGACCAAAGAGCUACUGCAGCAGAACUCUGCAGUACCCCCGCCAGUGGUGGGAUUCCUCACCCCUGUCAAAGCUGCAGUCCCAGAAAUCAAUCCAGAGAUCAAGCUCCUCAUCGACAAGGAACUCUCCGAGGACUCAUCAGAUGAAGAGUAUAACCCUGAAAAUGAGGAGGAGGAACAGAGCGAUGAUGAUGACAAGGGUGACACGUCUGUGGUUAGUGAUCUGGACUCUCUUCCCCCCACACCUGCCUCCCUCCCUGCCCCUCUCACGCCUCUCCAGGACUGCUCUAUGGAUGAAGACAGUGUCUUUAAAGUCCCACAGGAGAACGUGGGCCAACGCACCCGCUCUAAGCUGGACCUGAACCAGCUCCCUCUGGAAAGCCUGGAACAAGCAUUUGUUCCCCCAGAUAUCACUCAGGACAUGUAUGAACAAGAGUGUGACAACCCUGACUGGCACGAGUUCCUCAAAGAGUUCACGCAGCCCCUUGCUGUGAACGAGACUUUGGAAGAUGAUGUGGACAACGAUCCUGAAUACAAUAUCCUGGAGGACAUUGAAGGACAACCAGUGGAGGACAAGGAAGAGAUGCGUAAGGACCGUGCAGUAAAGGUUACUAAGAAAGAACUGAAUGCUUUGAUUUCCGAGCUGUUUGAGUGCACAGACAUUCCUUCCAGUGAUGACGAGACCAAUGCCCAGACAUCUGAGAGCAUUGCAGCCUUGGAGGAGAGUAUUAUGAAGGAAACGGAGGAUCGAGAGAGGCGGGAAGCGGAGAGGAGAGGGAUCCACCCACACCAGAGAGAGCUGCUGGGGCAGCAGUUGAGACAGCAUGUUCAGUUGACAACACAACACUUCCUGCAAACCUACCGUCACCCACUCUACCAUUAUCAUUCGUCUACGUGCAAGUCUAUGUUGUUGACACUUGACGGGCUGAAGAAGGCUAAGGUGUGUGGCCAGGAGAUAAGCAACAUGGAGGCUGCUAUUGAUACUGUAGCCUGUUGGGAAAAAGUACGCAGCGAUCCUGACACCUGUGAGAAGAUAACUAGGUUUAUAAAAAAUGAGAUGGAAAGAGAGAAAAUGCAGAAACGUCAAAAGAAAAAUUCAGGCAUGAAGUUUCCUCCAGAACUAAUGCGGGUGGUCGUGGACAGUGAGGCCUUCUUGUACCCGAUGUUGCUGCCUCCUCUCCCGUUCAGGGUCUACUCCAGGGUCACGGGACCCAAUUCCUUUACCCCGGCGGAGAAUAUGUUGCUAGCCAUUUGUUUAGAGCAGGUGAAGGAAACACAGCCUCAGUUGUACCACAGGAUGAUGACAGACGUGACCAAGCUUGUCUGUGAGGCCAGUAUACCACGCAGUACGCCGAGCCACAUGGCUGCCCACAUUCGCCGGCUCAAGUGUGCCAAACAGAUCAACCCAGUCAAGAGUUUCUUUGCUACUGGCGAAUCCCCAAAAAUUCUUCAUUUCGUCAUUCCAAUACAGAAGGGUGUCAAACUAUCACAAACAACCCCCACAACUCCUACCAGAUAUCUGGAAAGAUUAUCUGGUGAACACAAGUGAAGAAAGUUUACUCUCAGUUACUGCUGACUCCAAUAAUUGUAAUUCUAAAGUGAAAUCAAGUACAUCCAAAAUAACUGACAGUAAAAUUAUUCCAGACUUUUUAAAGAAACAUUUUGUCCUAUGAGAAUGGAAAAUGGUAUUCAAAAACUAAUCCUAAAAGUGCUGUUGAAACCUCCGCCUUGAAAACCUACAAUUGCAUCUACGAAAAUUAGAAACUACAGAAGGCAAUCCUCAUAAAGGGAUCUUGGAAUCCUCUUCAUCAAAGAUUCAGAAAUGUUCAACUUUAGAUAAACCUACUAAAGUUGUGUCUUUAGCAAAACCACACAAUACAGUUAUCCAUAAAUACAGAAAAAAAUCUGUAAAAACUGACCGUUCUGAUAAAAUAAAUCACAAGCUUAAUGGACAGCUUCCUGCAAAGAAAAAGAAAAUUGUAAUCGACAAAUCUGCUCCUCCUAAAGUAAAAUUCGUCUUAAAGUCUGGAAAUGUUUAUCCAUCUAAAAUUAUAGCAGCAGAACAUAAGAGUGACACUGUAGUUGAAGAACAAAAUUCUAUUUGUAGUGUCCAACAUCCAUUUAAAAAUGAAGUGACAAAGGAAACGGAGCCUACAGAUUUCCGUAAAAAUGGUUUAAUACAGACAUCAGUGAAGAAAACAAAAAGACGGUUACUCUGAAAAAGAGCGUAGUAAGUGUUAAAAAUUAAGAUUUUGAGUUGCAAUGGAUAUGACGAAAAAGAAACAUUGAGUAGGAUUAAGCUAAUAGAAGAAUCAAGAGUAUUUCUAGCAAAUUUUCAUUUAAUCCCCAAAGAGUCGGACUCUUGUGGCAGUGCAUUAGCGAACCAAGUUCAUAAUCACAAUUCCCUGGACAAAGUUGCUGCCAGUGUGGAAAAACGAAGUGUUUCUGAUUUCGCAAGAACUCGUAAGUAUAUAAAUGGUGUGAAACAAUCAGUUUGUGUGGGACGAUUUGGCCAAACCAGGACUGUCUCAGUCUGGGUACCAAGUACAAAAUUGAGGCUUCGUUCUCGUGAAGUUCCUCACCGUCGUCGGCCCCCUUCAACAGUGAAGUUAAAAGAAAAUGAAGAAUUGACUUGAAAACUUAACCUUACUAAGCCCAAGACAAAAGUUCCUACAUCAUUCAGGCCAAUGAAGGACUAAUGAUGACUAUUCAUGCUUACUUGGACUGUUCAGUAGUAUAAUUUAAGAAAGAAGACUUAAAUUGUGAUUUAAUUAUAGGUUAUACUGAAAAAUUGAAAACUGGUUGGAUUCAGUUUUUAUAGUAGUUUUAAAUUUUUUCAUUUUGUAAAAGUCUGUAAAUAUUCCUAUUGGUGACUUUAUUAGGUAUAAAUAUUGUAGUGAUGGCAAUUUUUAUUACUACAAAAAAUAACAUUACAAAAUAAACUGGUUGUGAUAAUAAUAACUAUGAACAUUGUUGUUCAGAUUUUCAGCAAUAGUUAACAAUUAAUUAUUGAAAAUUUAUCAAUACUUUGUUGACAAGAUUUGUUUUUGAAGGAGAAUUACAGGUCUAAAGAAGAUUCUCAAGAAAUGGAGUAUAAAAUAUAAGUGAUUGCAACUUUGCUCAAAUUUUUUUAUAAAAUGUUUCGUGGAACAGUGUUUUGUCUUACGGGGGUCGGCCAAAAACUACCAAAACCUUUUUUAGGUCCGCCUUGUAUAGUGAAGCUUUAUAUGGAUACUUCCUUAAAUUAUUUUAAUGAUAGCAUACUUUAUUUGAGGUAUAAACUAGAGUGUUGUAAUAUUGCCAUCAUUAUGAUUUCACAAACAUGAAAGUGUGUAUAUGCUUUUACAAAUUUUAUUGUUUUUGUUAAUAAUUAUUAUAAAAUACUGACUGUGAUAGUUUUAUAUAUGCAAUAAACAUUAUAUGAAGA